CUUCCUGCCUGCCCUAGGGCCUCUCGGGGCCUCGCUGGAGCCGCUUGUCCAGGGAUUUACAGCAUCCCUAUCUCAGAACAAAACUGCUUUGAGUGGAAGGAAAUCUGCGAAAGACGGCCUGAAGCAGGAGCCCGUGACACCUUUGCAGAUUAGUCCAACAAUGUGUAGUGUGAAUAGCUCGGAGACUCCCUGGCUACCAAGAUUUACGUGUCCGAGACCUGUGAGAGAACACGAUCAGCAAAGGCCUUGGCAGAGGUUCUCCUCAGCACCAGCAAAGAGUGGCGCAGCAAAUACUUCUGACUGCAGUAGACAUUUUGGGAAGAAAAAUAAUACCAAAGAUUGGCUAACACAGAAGGACUUGUGUCAUGUGAAGGCAGCACCUGAUGAAAGUCGAGACAUAAUUGCUUCUGUUCAGUGCAUCUUGGACAGAGAAAAUUAUUUUGUGAGGGAGGUGGACAGAUAUUUGAGGCACAAUGAUUUCUUAAAUCUGAGAAAGAAGGAGAUCCUGUACAAGAAAUGGCUUGAGGAUGUUUCAGAGCCACUGCUGCAGAAAAUUGAGGACAAAAUGGACAGCCAGUCAAGCGAAGAAAUACGGAAAAGGAAAGAACAACAACUCUCUCUCUAUUUAAACUACUGUAAAAAGAAGGGCUAUGUGGCUUUGGAAACUUAUGACCCGUCGGAGUACGAUCCGUUCUUCCUGAAGACAUGUACAGACUGCUGGAAGGUUUCAAUACCAACUUUACAGGAUCCUCUGUUAAAAGACAUUCAAAGGAAGUUUAUUGAGACAGGCAUUAUCAAGCAGUGUGAGACAGGAAGACCAUGCUCUACCAGAGAGCUGAACAAACUCAGUAAAGCAGAACUGCCACUGCUUCCUUUGAGCCGGCAAUGUAUGGAUGCAGUUGAGUGGCUGAAGAUACCACAUGCCUACAUUGCUAGUGAGGUCCACCAAAUGAAGAGGCGGAAAGUCAUCAGCCACCACAAAGAUGGCGAGAGCCCGUGAUGUCCCCUGUCCUCCAGCUGACUGCAGCGGCCAGCACAGCCAUCAGAAGGUACCACUUGCAGAAUAUGUUACAUCUUCUGCCAAAGCAAGUGUUAACAGGCCAGGUCUUCUGGCAAACUGCAAUAAACUCAUGGUCUUAAACACGUGGUUCUGAAGUACUGUUACCCAGCAGCCAAAGAAAUGUUUGAGAUGCUGCUCCUGUUAUUUCCAGCUCCAGUCCAUGCUCUACAGGCCACAAUCUGCUAUUUUAGGAGGUUUAACUUAGGCUCAGCCCUGCAAAGACAGUGCUGCUGUUUUCUGGUUUAUAGGGUGACAGAGUCUUUGUAUUUAAGGAGAUGAACUGGUGAGAAAAGUUAAAGAAGUCUGCUAGGCCCCUCUCCUACGCAGUGCAGGAUCUAUAUGUUAUCCCCAGCUCUGGCAACAGCUACAGCUCUGAGUCCACUAUAUUUCAUAUUACAAGAAGUGUGAAUGUUAGCAGUGGGCAUGGCAAAGCUUGCAAAAUUUUAGCUACCGCUGUUGCAAUUUUGCAUGAAGCUGAAAGAGGGCACCUUGAGAUUUAAGAACAAACCCUCUCUUUGAAUGCGGAGGAGGAGAAGGAGGUGCUCCUGGCUAUGUGGGUGGUUAGCAGAUGUGUACAGAAGAGCGGCUUAGAAAGCACUGAUAAGGAAAUAAUGAUUUGGUUUUGUUUGUUCAAAUCUUUAUCAGAACUCCCACAGUGAAUGUCUUGCAAAAUAUUAUUUGCAAAGUAAUGUUAGGGUACUACCAAGGUUUCAAAGGACUUUCUCCUGGAGGCAGUGUGCAAACAGUAAAUCAAACUUUAACAUACAUAUUGCGUGUCCUGAGAAGGCAGGAAAUAAUUAGGGGAGAGGAGAUGGUAAAUGCUCUUGUACGAAAUGUCUAGCACUUCUCAGAGAGUCGGUGCUGAGCAACAAAUGCUGUCAGUGCCCUACGGAUCCGUUUCUCUCUUGCUCCAGUGUGCUCCCUGUCUCCCUGCUGGUCUGACUGCACAGCCAGCAGCUCUGGCAUCAAAGCCUGAAAAGAGAAUUUUCUCUAUGCUUGUUCAAGAAGCUCCAAACUCCCGCUGUACAGACACAAUCUCUCAAGAAUUGCCAAGAUUUAGUUUUAUUUAGGAUUAGAAAUACUGAACCACAGAAAACUGUUAAAAGUAACAGAGGUUGACUCAGCCCUGUAACAGGAGGUACACAGAUGGCGAUCGGGUGUGAAACUGUCAGACAUCAGGAGGUAUCACAGCACCCGUGGAAAACAAGGGCACGCGCUGCUCAGAAUUGCAUGCUGUGCUUUUUCAACAAAGCAGUUUAAGGAGGCAGUGACAUGGUUACAAUGUAUCAAACCCUUUAUAAAGAAACUUUUUUUUUUAACCAUCCCUGAUUUUGCUGCCAACAGAAAGUUUUUGCUUUCAAGGAGUAUCAUCUCACACAUUUGUGUUGGGGUGACAGUUCCCCCGAGCAAACCUGUUAAACUUGUAAUAAACUUUACUUGAAUUUAAUCCUGUAAGUUUUUCUCAUUAUUUCACAUUCCCCUGUACAAUAAAAUAUACUUUUUAAAAAUCA